UAUCUAAUCUGUGAUCAAUUAAAACACUGGUAGUAAUAAUGUGUUCUUGUAUUAGAUUUAUCAUUACAUCACUGGUCAAUGCUAUGUGGAUCUUGUCUGCUAUUGGUCUAUUAGUAUUGAGCUAUAUUGACCAAAACAACAUUGACCAUGGUGAUACUAAAACACAAGUGGGACUGUCAAUUACAACAGGCUUUUUGAUUAUAACAAUCUAUGUGUUUGGUGUUUUCAAUUUAACAUUAGUAUUAUUGAAACCAUUUCUAUGGUUUUCAUUGAUUGUCAUACAAAAAGUUGCGCUCUUGUAUUGUUGGUUAUACCCGAUUAAUACUUUAAUUGAAUGGAUGGUUGUUUGUCAUAUAAUAAUAAGUGUAUCUCAAUUGAUAUUGUUUACACUGACCUAUUCCGAUGAACAAUGGCUAUUCCUGUGGAACAGUUUGUCGACAUCCCUAUGCCGGCCGUUUGGCACUUAUAACAGUGAAGAUGAUGGACGAGGUUUACUUAGUCGACAACAUAACUACUAUUGCAGUGUUUAA